AUGAAGACCACAAUUCGCUGCAAGGUCGGCAUGGGCAAGAAGUCAGAAGUAUACAAUGCAGAACUAGUGGGCCUGUCGUGGGCAGCAUGUGAUGCUACGCACUACAUUCAGAUGACCAACCCAGCCAUCAACCACCUUCACUUUUAUGCGGACAACACAUCCACGAUAUCCACAAUCUUCGAACCAAUGUCAGGACCAGGACAAAUGCAUGGCCGGAUUUUUAGGCAAGUCAUCACGACGUUCCUCAAUGCUAACCCAGAGAACACCGUAGAGAUUGCAUGGACACCAGGUCACAAGGGCAUCACAGGCAAUGAACUCGCUGACAAACUUGCCAAACAAGCAACCGAGAUUGCCAGAGGCACGACCAAGGCCACCCGUGCACAUGCCCUUGACCGAGCAAAUGAAAAGGCCUUCGAGAAAUGGACUGCCAAGUGA